AUGGGUUAUGAAUACCAUUAUCAACCACCUCCUAAUCCACCACCAGCAUGCAACCACACCACGCCCACAACCCCUCCACCUCCACCACCACCGCCACCACUACCAGCAUGCAAUCACACCACGCCUACAACCCCUCCACUACAGCCACCACCACCACCCCCACCCCCACCCCCACCCCCACCCCCACCGCCUCCUCCAUCUCCACCACCACCAUCUCCAUGUCACAAUAGCACCUCAUCACCACCACCGCCCCCACCUCCAUAUCACAAUAGCACCUCAUCACCAACACCACACCCACCUCCCCCACGUAGCAAUAACACAUCGCCACCACCAUCUUCACGUCCAAGUAUAGCACCUCCACACCCUCUUUGGGCACCUGCACCAUCACCGUGGUUAUCAAAUCAUCACGACCAAGAGCAGACAACUAUUAUCGUGGUGUGUGCCUUACUAGGCGGUAUCUUCUUACUUGCAUUCCUCGCGGUUAGUCUAUUCUACUUGAUUAAAAAGAUGAAGAAGCCAGUAAUGGUUCCCACCUCACCUUCUGUUGAACAACCCGAACCCAUUCAAGAGAAUAAUACCACAGACCAGUCUGAUGAGGAGCAAACUGUGAUAAUCCCAAUAGACGAUGAAACCGCCAGGACAGUCGCAAUAGACGAUGCAGCCACCAAGAUAGUUCCAAUUGACGAUGCGGCUGCCAGGACAAUUGCAAUAGACGAUGCAACCACGAAGACAGUUCCAAUUGACGAUGCGGCUGCCAGGACAAUCGCAAUAGACGAUGCAACCACGAAGACAGUUCCAAUUGACGAUGCGGCUGCCAGGACAAUCGCAAUAGACGAUGCAACCACGAAGACAGUUCCAAUUGACGAUGCGGAUGCCAGGACAAUCGCAAUAGACGAUGCAACCACGAAGACAGUUCCAAUUGAUGAUGCGGCUGCCAGGACAAUCGCAAUAGACAAUGCAACCAACAGGAUGGUUCCAAUUGACGAUGCGGCUGCCAGGACAGUCGCAAUAGACGAUGCAACCGCCAGGAUAGUUCCGAUUGACAAUGAUGUGCAAGUUCAUAUAUGA